GGGGGGCGCGCCCCGGGAGGGCCCCCGCAGGCGCGCAGGAUGCCCCAUGAAGAGGGGCCGCCGCUGCAGAGGCCCCGCUACGGCUCGAUCGUGGACGAUGAGAGGCUGUCUGCGGAGGAGAUGGACGAGAGGCGGCGGCAGAACAUCGCCUACGAGUACCUGUGCCACCUGGAGGAAGCCAAGAGGUGGAUGGAGGUCUGCCUGGUGGAGGAGCUGCCGCCGACCACCGAGCUGGAGGAGGGGCUGCGCAACGGGGUUUACCUCGCCAAACUGGCCAAGUUCUUCGCCCCGACGCUGGUGUCGGAGAAGAAGAUCUACGACGUGGAGCAGACGCGCUACAAGAAGUCUGGCCUGCACUUCCGACACACCGAUAACACCGUGCAGUGGCUGCGAGCAAUGGAGUCCAUCGGUCUGCCCAAGAUAUUUUAUCCAGAGACAACAGAUGUCUACGACCGGAAGAACAUCCCGAGGAUGAUCUACUGCAUCCACGCGCUGAGUUUGUAUCUGUUCAAACUUGGAAUAGCCCCCCAGAUCCAGGACCUGCUGGGCAAGGUGGACUUCACAGAGGAGGAGAUCAGCAACAUGAGAAAAGAACUGGAGAAAUACGGGAUACAGAUGCCGGCGUUCAGCAAGAUCGGCGGCAUCCUAGCCAGCGAGCUGUCGGUGGACGAAGCCGCCUUGCACGCCGCGGUCAUAGCCAUCAACGAGGCCAUCGAGAAGGGCAUCGCGGAGCAGACCGUUGUGACACUAAGAAACCCCAACGCGGUCCUGAGCGCGGUGGACGACGGCCUUGCAGAGGGCUAUCAGAGAGAACUGUGGGAAGCCAAGAAGAAGAAGGAGGACACAGCCAGGCUGAAGAACAGCCGUGUUGCAGAAGAGGAGAGAGACGCGUAUGAGGAACUGCUGACCCAAGCGGAGAUCCAGGGGCACGUCAACACAGUCAACAGGCUGGCCGCGGUGGACCGCAUCAAUGCUGCCAUUCGGGAGGGAGACCCCGAGGUCACGCUGCUCGCCCUCAUGAGACCGGAGGCCCAGCUGCCCACUGUUUACUCCUUUGCUGCUGCUCUGUAUCAAAGCGAACUCUUCACCCUGCAGAAACAGAGUGACACGAACCACCUGGCCCACGAGGAGCUGUCGAUCGCGGUGGAGAUGCUGUCAGCCGUGGCUCUGCUGAACCAGGCCCUGGGGAGCCACGACCUUGAGUCGGUGCAGAGCCAGCUGAGGAACCCUGCCGCAGGCUUCAACAACCUGGACGAGGCGCACGUGCAGCGGUACGCGAGCGAGCUGCUGUCGGUGAAGCUGGAAGCCGCGGCCCAAGGGCAGGAGAGCCUGAGCUGGAAUGAAAUCCAGAACUGCAUCGACAUGGUCAACGUCCAGAUCCAAGAAGAGGAAGCUCUGGUCGUGGCCGUCGGGCACAUCAAUGAGGCCAUCGACACAGGGAACCCUCUGAAGACCCUGGACGCCCUGCUGCUGCCGACUGCGAAGAUCAGAAACGUGGACCCCGACCACGCCCAGCACUACCAGGAUGUCCUCUACCAGGCCAAGUCGCAGAAGCUCAGGGAUGCUGAGAGCGUCUCCAAGGUGCUGUGGCUGGAUGAGAUACAGCAAGCCAUCGACGAGGCCAACUCGGACCAGGACAAAGCCAAGCAGUGUUCUAGUGAAGGACCGUGGCUCAAAUUCCCCGUGAAGGAGGAUCGGGACUACUAUUACAACGUCGAUUCCAAGGCGGGCUCCUGGGUCACACCGGAGCCGUGCUUGACCAAGGACUCGUGGCUCACAGGACAAGAAAUCCAGGACAUCGUGGAGAAGGUCACGGAAGAACACAUCCGGGAGAAGAUGUGGUCGGCGUCCCACGAGUCGCUCCUCCGCUUUCAGAGCACGAGCUUCGGGCCCCGCCUCAGCCAAGAGUUUGAAGCCAGGAAAGCGUUUCUGAGCGAACAGGAAGGGAGUGCGGUCAAAAUCCAGGCCUUCUGGAAGGGACAGAAGCAGCGCCAGGCGUACACGCAGAGGCGACAGACAUUCGCCCGUAGCGUUGGUGAAAUCGUGAAGAUUCAGUCCUGGUUCCGGAUGGCGGCGGCGAGGAAGAGGUACCUCUCCCGGCUGCAGUAUUUCAGAGACCACAACAAUGAAAUUGUCAAGAUACAGUCACUGUUGAGAGCCAGCCGAGCCCGGGGUGACUACAAGACGCUAGUGGGCUCCGAGAACCCACCGUUGACGGUCAUCCGCAAGUUCGUCCACCUGCUGGACCAGAGUGACCUGGACUUCCAGGAGGAGCUGGAGGUGGCACGGCUGCGGGAGGAGGUGGUGACCAAGAUCAGGGCCAACCAGCAGCUGGAGAAGGACCUCAACCUGAUGGACAUCAAGAUCGGCCUCCUGGUGAAGAACAGGAUCACACUGGAGGACGUCAUUUCGCACAGAACCAAGCUGAACAAGAAGAAGGGGGGAGAGACGGAGGUGCAGAAUAGCGUCGACAACCAGGGCAUCAAGAGCCUGAGUAAGGAGAGGAGGAAGACCCUGGAGGCCUACCAGCAGCUGUUCUACCUGCUACAGACCAACCCCUCCUACCUGGCCAAGCUGAUCUUCCAGAUGCCGCAGAACAAGUCCACGCGGUUCAUGGACACCGUGGUGUUCACGCUGUACAACUACGCCUCCAACCAGCGCGAGGAGUACCUGCUGCUGAGAUCCAAGGUGGACCAGGUGCAGGACAUCAUCACGGGAAACCCCACGGUCAUCAAGAUGGUCGUGAGCUUCAACAGAGGGGCCCGGGGGCAGAGCUCCCUGCGGCAGCUGCUGGCGCCCGUGGUGCAGGAGAUCAUCGAGGACAGGGCCCUGGUCAUCAACACCAGCCCCGUGGAGGUGUACAAGGCCUGGGUGAACCAGCUGGAGACGCAGACCGGGGAGGCCAGCAACCUGCCCUACGACGUCACCACCGAGCAGGCCCUGACACACCCCGAAGUCCAAACCAGGUUGGAGACGUCCAUCGAGAACCUGCGCCGGGUCACGGACCGCGUCCUCAGCUCCAUCGUCUCCUCCCUUGACCUCCUGCCUUAUGGAUUGAGGUAUGUAGCCAAAGUGCUGAAGAACUCCAUCCAUGAGAAAUUCCCCGAGGCCUCGGAGGAUGAGCUGUUGAAGGUCGUGGGGAACCUGCUCUACUACCGCUACAUGAACCCCGCCAUCGUGGCCCCCGACGGCUUCGACAUCAUCGACAUGACCGCCGGGGGCCAGAUCAGCCCCGACCAGCGCCGGAACCUGGGCUCCGUGGCCAAGGUGCUGCAGCACGCGGCCUCCAACAAGCUGUUUGAGGGGGAGAAUGAGCACCUGUCGUCCAUGAACAGCUACCUGUCGGAGACGUACCAGCAGUUCAGGAAGUACUUCAAAGAAGCGUGUGACGUCCCCGAGCCUGAGGAGAAGUUCAAUGUGGACAAGUACACAGACUUGGUGAUGGUCAGCAAGCCGGUCAUCUACAUCUCCAUCGAGGAGAUCAUCAGCACACACUCGCUCCUGCUGCAGCACCUGGCCGCCAUUGCCCCCGAGAAGAACGACUCCCUGGGCGAGCUGCUGGCGUCGCUGGGAGAGGUGCCCAGCGUGGAGUCGUUCCUGGGGGAGGGAGCCGUUGACCCCAACGACCCCAACCGGGCAAACACGCUGAGCCAGCUCUCCAAGACGGAGAUCUCCCUUUCCCUGACGAGCAAGUACGACGUGGGGGACGGCGAGGCUGUGGACGGCCGGAGCCUCCUGAUCAAGACCAAGAAGCUGAUCGUGGACGUGAUCCGGAGCCAGCCGGGGAACACUCUGAUGGAAAUCUUAGAGGCCCCAGCCACGGAAGAGCAGGAACAGACCACGCCGCGGACAUGGCGAGCCGGGCGGCCAGGACCGCAGGAGACCAGGGGGAGCCAGCCCCUGGUGGAGGACGCCCAGCUGCCCCUCGAGCAGAAGAAGAGGAAGAUCCAGAGGAACCUGCGGACGCUGGAGCAGACCGGACUCGUGUCCUCCGCCAACAAGUACCAGGACAUCCUCAACGAGAUCGCCAAGGACAUUCGGAAUCAAAGAAUCUACCGUAAGCUUCGGAAAGCUGAGCUGGCCAAGCUGCAGCAGACGCUGCUCGCCCUUAACAAGAAGGCGGCGUUCUACGAGGAGCAGAUCAACUACUACGACACCUACAUAAAGACCUGCCUGGACAACCUCAACAGGAAGAACUCCCGGAGGUCCAUCAAGCUGGACGGCAAGGGCGAGCCGAAGGGGACGAAGAGAGCGAAGCCGGUGAGGUACACGGCGGCGCGGCUGCACGACAAGGGGGUGCUGCUGGAGAUCGAGGACCUGCAGACAAACCAGUUCAAGAACGUCCUGUUUGACAUCAUGGCCACUGAGGACGUGGGCAUCUUCGACGUCAGGUCCAAGUUCCUCGGUGUGGAGAUGGAAAAGGUGCAGCUCAACAUCCAGGACCUGCUCGAGAUGCAGUAUGAGGGCGUGGCCGUGAUGAAGAUGUUCGACAAGGUCAAGGUGAACGUGAACCUGCUCAUCUACCUGCUCAACAAGAAGUUCUACGGGAAGUGAGGCGGCCGCGCCUCGCACCGGGCCUCACCGCGGAAGGGAUGCGUUGAGUAUUUUUUUUAAACACGAUCAAAAUCACUGCUUAGAAACGUGUGAUUUUUUUUUU